UGUUGCUAAGCUAAUUGCAUCACUAGCUUCUGUGCCUUCUACCAUGUUAAUGUAGGCAACAUGAAAACUGAAAAUAAAUAAUAAUAAAUAAAUUAAUUGUAAUGUUUAAACAUCGGCAAAAAAAUAUGAACAGAGCUAGUUUAUCAAUUUAGGCAUUAAAUUUAUCUACAGUAAAGUCCUAAAACUACAUAGCAUGAUGCUAUCAGUCUUGGUAUACCUAACAGUAACAGUAGUGCUACUGCACUGUGCAACAGCGGCGGAUACAGUUCAGCCAUUUAUUUACUCCCUAUCGAAUAUGUAUGCGGAAAAAGCGAAUGCAACAUUAGUAUGUUCUGUGAGGUCGUCCUCCUUGCCCAUGUUUCAGUGGACCACUACCAAAGGUCGAGUCAGCGGCAAAGCAGUGACAAGAACAAUGCGAGACGAUGAUGGCACCACCUAUUAUGAAAACUUUUACAACUUCAAAGUCUACUCCACUGAUAAUGAUGCUAAAUUCACUUGUAAAAUCAACCUUGAAGGCACUGCGUACACUUCAGAACCAUUCAAACUGUUUGUCGUAGUGCCUCCCUUGAUUCCAUCUAUUACUGGACCAGCCUCUGUUUUUGAAUCGAACGCCAAAUAUACAUUUCAAUGUGAUGUCAGAGGUGGGACAAUGACGGCACCCACUGUGGUGUUUAGGUACGAAGGAGAGGAGAUUGCAGACGGUAUCAAUACUAACAUCACUGUUAGAAUAGGAUCGAAUGGCCUGGAACUACAGGUGUCCAAAGUACUCCGAACGAAAAUUCCCAGGGACGUCAAGCUGUACGUGUUAGAGUGUGAGAGCACCACGGACUUUGCCGACACUGCUGCAACAAGGAAACAAUACAAACAAGUCGUGGUUUACUGGACGAAACCAAGGACUUAUCCUAACUCCGCCGAGGAAAGGGUCUACGACACAGCGCAUAAAGUUCUCAUAAACUGCACAAUGCGAGCCGAUGAUCUCUCUUCAAUACGAUGGGAAUCUGGUUAUUUAAAGAGCGAGCCAGUCACGACCCUGAAGGGAUCGUAUUUUGAGGAGGGGUCGAAAAUGUUUUGGUCAGCACAAAUCUUUGCCAUCUCUUCCAACGACCACGAACGGGAAUAUGUUUGUGUGGCUACAAACAUUGCCUUGGUUGAUAUACGCUCGGACCCGAUACGAAUUCUCGUCUACAAUGCUCCGUUGAUCCUGAGUGUUGAGCUAACUCAAGGAGAUCCUUUUGAAGAACGAGAAGUGACCUUCACGUGCUUUACCGUGAACGCCAGCUGGGACAAACCUCUUGUGGAGUGGUUCGACGAACACAACACCUUACUGAAAGGGGAUCGGUUUUCAAGUUUCGACACACGAACUGUUCCGAACAACCUGUUGAUGUAUGACUUUAGGGGCCACAUAAAUGUGACGCUGCCCAAAGAGCAUAUGAUCUUUAUCCGGUGCAGAAUGUAUCACCAAGCCGGCAACUUGAGUACCUCCGAUACUAAAACCCUGGUUACGCGAAUAAUGUGGAACACGCCUAAGAUUGUCCCAAGCGCCAACAUCCCUUACUACAUAAAGAAAGGAGAUGAGAUGAAAAUUACCUGUAGUAUGAGCUACACGGGGAGUAUUAGUAUCGAUUGGGAAUUGGAGUACAAUGUAACAGAGCCUAAAAUAGAAAAGAGUACUGACAUGGGAAUAACGGAAAAUUGUACAGAAAACUGUGCGACAGAUUCGAGCGGCAUUCAACUGUAUUGGCAGACCUUGUCGUAUAUAACAAAGUUGGACGACAACGCCAGGCAGUUCCGCUGUCGGAUAAAAACAGAAGUAGCCGAAUUAAGGACAGAGACUUUAAUAGUCUUUGUGGUCCAGCCCAUGGCUUCUCUUGUCAUUUUGGGACCAAGUCUUGUUGUUAAAGGAACCAAACAGACGUGGACGUGUAGAAUUGCUGAAGCCAGUAUAACCUUCCCUAUCGUUACAUGGAGGCUGAAUGAUGAUGAUGGCGUGCCGACUGAUGCCCAGGUGGUCCGUAGUGUAUUUACGGUGGAUAAACCUUAUAUGAGCUACGUUCACACUGUCACAAGCAACCUAACGAUGACGCUAACCCGAGACAACUUUACUCACAAUUUGAGAUGCAUCGCCAUCCACAAAGUAGCUUCAUACUAUGAUGAAAAAUUUUCCGUUUAUGCCGUCACUGUGACUGCAAGUAAUACUAACCAAGCGGGUGCCAACUUGAAUACUCUAAUGGAAUCCAAAAACAAUAGCGAUGUCAAUGGCGCUGAUCCCUGGAUGCUAUUUGUCAUCUCCAUCCUGUGCCUGCUCUCUUUAUUUAAGUUUGAAACACUCUGAAAGUGGAGCAUGAAAAAGACCUGCCACUUUUUUUGUUUUAGUAUUAAAUACAUGCAGUUGAAUAGUAAUGAAGACAAUCGAUUAGGUCUAUCUUAGAGAUUAUUUACAUAGGCAAUGUUUCUCGGGACACAGUUACUUGCAAACACACAAGAGGCUACUAUUCUAGUUAGAAUUCAGGCCUACAAAUGUAUCUUAAUGCACCGAAAGGUAACAGCUGGUUUCAUUGGAUAGUUCUGUCCAUUGUUCUUUAAUGUUCUUUUUUUUUUACUUCAUCAAAAAUAUUGGUGAAAAUGCAUACAAUUAUCUAGGUGGAGAAACAAACAAAAACAGAGCAUAUGAGAUCAAAAAAAAUAUUUAUGUGAACAGACAGUACAUGUUGUAUUUAAAUUCAUUUUCGCCAAAGCUUGUUAAAUCUACGCUUGAUUUAGAGUGUGCUUGGCAGAGGCAUGCACUUCACUGGUAUGGAAUGGUAGAAGAAGACCCAUCCCCUAAAUGCAGAAAAAAAAAUGGUUUAUAUUGUCAAACACUCUUCCAGUAUUAACUCUUUCUGUCAUUUAGCUCCCAUAGAGCCCCCCCCCCCUUAUGUAUUAACAACAUUAUGAUACUGAGGAAGCGUGUUAGUUAGCCUAUUUUGGAUAGCGGCCUAUUUCUAGUUCGUGGAGUCGUGACCCAAGUAAUAUAACUUUUUUUUUUAUUCUUAGUGCCUCUAUUCGUAAUCUCUUUAACCUGUAACAAAAUUAUCCACACAAAUUACACGUAAAAGUUGGUAACUGUGCAAGGUACUUAAGGGCAUUGGCCGCUAGAUAAAGGGGCCACAACUCGGCAGUUAACAAUGAGACGUUAUUCCGUUUCUAUAACUUAGUCUUUUCCCCCUCUGUUUAAACAAUUGUUCGUUCAUUCAUUUCAUAUUGGUAUAAACCCAACCAUUUUACUGGGUAGUGAGGGGGGGGGGUUCUAUAAUGAAACAAAGUGUCAGUUUUAUAUCUUGCACUGUAUCACAUGGACAACUAUAGACACGUAUACCUCUAUUUGAAGACAGAUGGAUUUUGCUUAGCUUUUAUUUUAUAUAUAUAUAUAUAUGUCCUCACGUUUUUUUUUUUUUCGCCUCGAAUGUCAUUUCACGUCUGCUCAUCUCAACUUCCUGUUCUUUCUUAUUCUGCCAUCGUCGUUUUUAAUGCUCGCAUUUUUCUCCCGAGCACUUCGAUCCUCGUCGCAUCAACGAGUUUAAAAUAAACGCACACUUCCCUGAAAAGUCUUAGGGCUGUAUUGUGGUCAUGUUAUGAAGGCGUAUUCACUUUUACCUGAAGGAGCCGCUAAUAUAGACUGUAAUUGGUUAAACGUUUAAAAGUGAUCAUCGCGAAAACAAAAAUCUUAUAGAACAAUUAGGCACCAAGGGCCAUCACAGUUUGUAAAUUCAUAAUCACAAUGUUGUAUAUAUGAAAUAGCGUACAAACCUUACUGAGCACAAAUAAUUACUUUGUAUACUAAGAAAAUGGUGAAUGGUCAAAGAAUUUGCAACAGCUAGAGAAAAAAUAAAAAAGCAUUCAUUUGA